AUGGCACGACCAGAGACGACNAAAAAGCGAGUUUCGAAUCUCGUUGGCAGAUUUGAGCAAUUGGCUCAGGCAUGUCCUACACAGGAAUAUACUUAUCCAGGACCUAAAUCACCAACUUUGACACGGCCAGCUUCUCAUCAUGGCGACAAGGCAUGGCUGCAGAGUGACCGAAGAUGUCAAUCUAUGUCCUCCAUGCCAAACUCUUCGACUCUCUCGACCAGACUACAACGCGAACUCGAUCGCAAUGCGGAACUACGACAGGAAGUAGAAAAAUUGCGCAGUCGCUGCAACGAGGACGAAGAAAUACUCACAACGCUAUCCAGACGCCUGGAAGAAGGCACCGAGAUGCAAGCAUCCCUGCAUAUCCAAACAUCCGGCCUGCAAUCAAAAGUCGACAGGUUAGCAGACAAGCUUCGACGAAGAGAUGAGAUCCAAAAGGCAGAGUACGAGCGAAGAAUCGUGGCUGUCACCAACGAACGCGGCAUCUUAGCCUCAAGAUUACAGAUGUCUGAAGCAAGCGUCGAAAGAGCUCGAGCUUUGGAAGACACUGCAAGAAGCGCGGACGAGAAAAUCAGAACCGCGGAUGAGAGAGCUCAAACAGCGAAUAACCAGACAACGGCAUUACGGAAACAGUUGCUGGAGCUCAAGACAGAUGUUGCUGCUCGAUCGGGGAAGCAAGAGGAUAUUAGUGAUCAAGAAAUCCUUGACAUGAUGAACAAACUCAAUCACCUUGUUCAAAACUGGUGUGUCAGCAGUUUCCGAAAGGUCAAGAUUGGUAUGUGUUCUGGAGAACCUCCUCCAGUUGAAGCUGACAUGGUCCANGACCCAGGGAGAAUGACUCACAGAUUCGAAAAGAUAGCAGCUCUGCAGAAAGCAAAGUCGCUACGGAAGCUUUAUGCUACCUUUGACACGAGCAUGGAAAUAUUCACUUUCCAAGCCACGGUGUUACAUCUGCUUAUGCCAAUCUUCGAUGCACAUUUCUUUGGACUACCAGAAGAGUUGAAGGGCCUGGACUCGGCCGCUUGGGAAAUGGAAUCUUUGACAGCAGCCUUCAACACAUGGCGAGCGAUGACAUAUGCCUUUUUACAGCAGGAUAACGAGUUGAAGGAGCGCUAUCGAGUUUCACAAGCCAAAGCGCAGGUACAGAUAGUGGAGCAAAUCUGCAAAACGAUGUCAGCAUUGACAGGUUCGGUCAUCUCAGAAGAGCAGAAACGCACUCUGAGCGCGUUAGUCGAGCAUGCUGUCUCACUAGCCCGAAUACUGGGGAGCCAGCGUGCUAUGUAUCGGUGUUUUCUGCCGCAACCUAUUGACCAAGACACCCUUGAGUUCGAGGGCACCGCGAUGGAAAACUUGAUGGACGAACAGGACAGCGAUGGUAUUGCAAAGGAUGUCAGAUGUGUGGUAUCCCCAGCACUGAUUAAGCAGGGAGGAGAAAGAGGUGAACAUAUGGAAGUGGAAAAUGUCCUCGUGAAAGCCAAAGUGCUUUGUGUUGAAGAAGACUCUGAUGGCGAUGAAGUGAUGGAUUGA